AUGUCCAAAGAUCUUGAACAUCGCAAUUCACCACCAGAUUUCGGUGAUGACGACGAUGAUGACAAUAAAGAUGAUGAUCAAAUGUAUAAAUCUGCAAGAUUACCAGCCACCGAUGAUGUGCCAUUGAGCGAAGAUGAAGAUGAGGAAAAUCCAUUUGGUGAAACAGUCGAAAAGAAAAACCCGCCGGCAACAAAUGUACUGAGUUCAUCGAAUGAAGCAUCGUUGCAAAUCUCACCGGUUACGCCAAUUGCUGUCCUUGAACCACAGCCAUCGACUUUAACUGAGCAGGAACAUCAAACAUUUCCAAGUGAUCCAGCGAUUAGUACGGCAAACUCAUUGGAGAGUCCAAUCUCAACAACAUCUGCAGUCACUACAAAAUCUCAAGUAAAACAUGUCGAAGAUCCUAACAUUGAAAUUAUCGUUAGUGACCCGACAAAAGUCGGAGAAGGAAUGUCAUCUUAUAUGACCUAUCGUAUAACAACCAAAACGUCAUUAGCUAUGUUUAAGAAAACGGACUUUUCAGUCAAUCGGCGAUUUAGCGAUUUUCUCGGUUUACAUAACAAGCUCAUUCAUAAACAUCUUCAAAUGGGCGUGAUCUUACCAGCCCCACCCGAAAAAGACUCAUUAUCCAUGGCUAAAGUGAAAAUUUCCAAAGAAGAAGCGAUUCCGUCGGACUUCAUUGAUCGUCGUCGUUCUCAACUCGAACGAUACUUAAACCGCCUUGCACGUCAUAAAACAUUGGUUCAAGAUCCCGAUUUUCGCGAGUUCAUUGAAAUGCCUGGUGAUUUACCUAAAGCAAAUAAUACGCAAGCACUCAGCGGUGCCGGUGUUCUUCGUGCACUAUCGAACAUAACAAAUCAAGUGACAAAACUAACAACCAAGACAAGCGAACAAGAUCAAUGGUUCGAAGAAAAGCAUUCGUUCAUUGUUGAUUUGCAUACGCAUUUGAAGAAUCUGUUUAAUCAAUUGAAUCUUCUAUUUAAUCAAAGAAAAGAAGCUGGACAGGCAUUGAAAGCUCUCUCAACAUCUUUAAAUCAUCUAGCUACCAUUGAAGAACAUACAUUACUCUCAAGUGCUUUAAUCGAACUAGCCAAUGUGGAAGAAAAACUCGAACAAACAAUAAAUGACCAUUCGCUCAAAGAAUAUACUGUGAUUAGUGAAUUGAUUAAGGAGUAUAUCUCAUUAUUAGAAAUGGUGCAACUAGCCUUUCAAGAACGUAUCAAAAUCCAUCAGCAAUGGUUGCAAGCUGAAGAUACGUUACGCAAGAAACGUGAAACGAAAACCAAAUUAGAACAAACACCGAAAGGUGCGGAUAAACUACCUCAAGUGGAAAUGGAAAUCAAUGAAUGGGAGGGAAAGGUGAUUCGUGGAAAAGAUGAUUUCGAACGAAUUACCAACUCAAUUAAACAGGAAAUCGAGGUGUUCGAACAAACACGUAUUGAUGAUUUCAAGAAGGCAUUCGAUAUGUAUUUGAAACAAUUCUUAGAACAACAGGAGAAAAUUUUAGAAAUUUGGGAAAGUUAUUUGCCUGAAGCCAAUAAAAUUAAUCUGUAA